CCGGAGCCGGGGCCGGGCGGGCGGAGCCGCCGCCGCUGCCGCCGCCAUGGGGCUGCUCAACUUCACACCGGAGCCGGUGCCGGAGGCGGUCAGCGCCGACAUGCUCAACCUCAACCAGCUCAGCGCCCAGCAAUUCUCAGCGCUGACUGAAUUGCUUUUCCGCUUUCUGACAGAGCCCAAGGAGGUAGAAAGAUUUCUGACGCAGCUCUCAGACUUUGCCACCAUGAAUAAAAUCAGCUUGGGCCCCCUGAAAAACAUUGUCAAAAGUAUUCUUCUGGUACCCAACGGUGCCCUGAAGAGGAAUCUGUCUUCUGAACAAGUCAGAGCAGAUUUCAUUGCUCUAGGCCUCAGUGAAGAGAAGGCCAGUUACUUUGCAGAACAGUGGAAGGUGAAUUCCCCCACCCUGACACGCCUGGCUGUGGGUCAGACACUGAUGAUUAACCAGCUGAUAGACAUGGAGUGGAAGUUUGGAGUGACUGCUGGGAGCAGCGAGCUGGAAAAAGUGGGAAGUAUCUUCUUACAGCUGAAGCUGGUGGUUAAAAAAGGGAGCCAAUUGGAAAACGUGUAUGUUGAGUUAACUUUGCCCCAGUUCUACAGUUUUCUGCAUGAAAUGGAACGGGUCAAAACCAGCCUGGAAAGCUUCAGCUGAAGCUGCACAGAGCUGAGCCGACAUCUGUCCGGGAUGUUUAAUUCCUCCUCGUGGGCCUGCAGAUCUGCUCUUUCCCAGCUGACUCUUCACACCCUGAUAAGAGAAGACAAGCUGUGCAAUGAGCAGUGGUGUCAUGGCCCAGCAGGACCCAUCAAUCCUUUAGAACCUGAAACUUGGGCUAAGUUUCAGCUUUUUCAAAGCACCUACAAGUCCACUCAUCUUUUUUUUUUUUACUAUACUAUUAUGAGAAACUAUAGUCAGAAGUAAUGUGGAUACCUUUACUACAAAGCAAAGAAAUAAACCCAUUCCCAUCCUG